CUGCGCGCUGACGCAUUUCGCCGCGGGCCGACGGUCGCCAUUGUGCGCCGCGCACUGGGACUGCCCACUCCCACGAGGUACGUCGAGGAGAAGGAAGGUAUGGCCUCCGGGCUUCCGACGGCCUGGUUUCGUGAACCAGUGACCUUUGAAGAUGUGACCUUGGGUUUUACUUCAGACGAAUGGGGACUGCUGGACCUCGAAAAGAAGUCCCUGUACAGGGAGGUGAUGUUGGAGAACUACAGGAACCUGGUCUCAGUGGAACAUCAGCUUUCCAAGCCAGAUGUGGUAUCUCAGUUAGAGGAGGAGGAAGCGCUCUGGUCGGUGGAGAGAGGAAUUCCUCAAGACACCUUUUCAGAGUGUCCUGCAGCUCAGUUGGACCCUCAAGUGGAUCCUCUUCCUGCUGGGAAUCCCCUGAUGAAGAUCGAAGUCGUUGAAGUCCUCACACUGAACCAAGAGGUAGCUCGUCCCCGAAAUGCCCAGAUUCGGGCCCUCUAUGCUGAAGACGAGGGCCUAAGCCCAGAAGUACUUGGGGAGCCCACUCAACAGCUAGGCAAGCAUCCAGCUGACCCUGAGGCUGCACGCCAGAGGUUCCGGGGGUUCUGCUUCGAGGAGGUGGCAGGGCCCCGAGAGGCCCUGGCCCGGUUGCGUGAGCUGUGCCGCCAGUGGCUGCAGCCCGAGGCGCACUCCAAGGAGCAGAUGUUGGAGCUGCUGGUGCUGGAACAGUUCCUGGGUGCGCUGCCCAGGAAGCUCCAGAGGUGGGUGCAGUCACAGCACCCAGAGGACUGUCAGGAGGCAGUGGCCCUGGUGGAGGAUGUAACCUGGAUAUCUGAGGAGGAAGCAUUACCUGCCCAGGACCCCACCUGCUCUCUUGAGACCACAGCUCCUCAGGAAGAGAAGGAGGAGAACAUGACCACCUGGCCGGCAAAGGUGCCACCUGAGGAACCAGUGACCUUCCUCGAUGUGGCUGUGGACUUCAGCAAGGAAGAGUGGGGGCUGCUGGACCCGAUGCAGAGGACCGAGUACCACGACGUGAUGUUAGAAACCUUUGGACACCUGGUGUCUGUGGGGUGGGAGACUACACUGGAAAGUAAAGAGUUAACUCCAAAGUCUGACAUCCCUGAGGAAGAACCAGCCCCUGACCUAAAAAUGGAAGAAUUCUCAAGGGAUGACACCUGGUCCUCUACCUCAAGAGACAUCUUGCAGGGUGGGACCCAGGAAGUCUUGGACACAGCACUGAAGCAAGUGGAGCUCACUCAGGAAGAAACCCUCCCUCAGAAAAGCCCCCAGUCCCAGGCAAACACUGGCCUUGUCACGAGCCCUAUCUCACUCCAGAAAACUCUGCCCAGGAAACGCUUGCGCAAGCGUGGCUCGCGGGUUAAGAAGGUGACGCGUGGUCCAUGUGUAAAAAUUCAUCAGAAGGGCCACAAAGGGGAAAAAGCCAGAGAAAACAGUGGUUGUGGGAGAGCCUUCAGCCGGAGCACUCAGCAGAUUACGUUCACAAGAAUUCACAAAGGGAGCCAAGUUUGCCGAUGCAGUGAAUGUGGCAAAACGUUCCGGAAUCCAAGAUAUUUCUCUGUACAUAAAAAAAUCCACACAGGAGAGAAGCCCUACGUGUGUCAGGACUGCGGGAAGGCGUUUGUUCAGAGCUCCUCCCUCACACAACAUCAGAGAGUCCACACCGGAGAGAGGCCUUUCGAGUGUCACGAGUGUGGGCGGACCUUCAAUGACCGCUCGGCCAUCUCCCAGCACUUGCGGACUCACACCGGAGCCAAGCCCUACCAGUGUCAGGACUGUGGGAAAGCCUUCCGCCAGAGCUCCCAUCUCAUCCGGCACCAGAGAACGCACACGGGGGAGCGCCCCUACACGUGCAGCAAAUGUGGAAAGGCCUUCACCCAGAGCUCGCACCUCAUUGGGCAUCAGAAGACGCACAGUGGGGUGAAAUGCAAGAAGAAACAGCCUACCUCAUAG